UUGUAGUGAACUGAGAACAGUGUGCAGUAAACAAAUACUGAUAUUUCGGUUUAUCUAUUCUUACUUUUUAAAGCUGAUGCUGCAACAAUGAGAUUAGAAAUUCGAAACUGCAUUAGUUGUUUGCGUUUCAAAAUAAAUUCAAUGCAAUAAUAUUAACCGUUGUUCUUCUCCCUCAUGUCUACAGAUAAGUCACCUUUGACUGAAUGGGCAUGGAACUUCAAACAAUGUCGAUUUGAAAGAAAAUUUUUCAAAUAUCUUUUCCUACUGCACUUGUUUAAUAUCAUAGCAAUCUCAAAAAUAGUAGCUACUACAAGUGACUUUGACAUUUCUUGCUCAGCUACCAGUAAUUGCAGUAAUAUUACUGGUGAAGUAAUGUGUGAUAUCCAAAAUGGCAAGUGCUCUUGUGCAGAAGGAAAUGUUCGUAUGAAAACACACCAUCAUUGCCUCCCAUAUGUUGGUAUGGGAGAAUAUUGCCUAGACAAUGCCCAAUGUAGAAAAACGGAUCCAAAUGUCAUAUGUAGCAAAUGGUCUCAAAGAUGCCAGUGCACAGCUGGUUUUGAAUAUGAAACACAUGAAAAUAAGAGUAUGAAGCUAUGUUUAAAAUCUCCCAUGGCAGAAGUUGAACCUUAUUUUGUGCACAUUUUCAGUGGACUUGACACUGUGCACAUUGUUUUAGGCUGUUUAACUGGUGGCUUAGCAUUACUGGCUUGUUUUGCUGGUAUAUUACAACUUGUUAGGAAGAAAUGGACCCGCCCAGGCUGCUCUAAUGACCAUGAUUCCCAAUUUUCUCCUGAUCUUGGCUUUAGCACCACAAGUGCUCCUUCUCAGAGUCAACCAUACUCUGACUCCCAAUUUAGUGUUACAUCUCCAUGUGCAGGUGAUUUUGCUUGCUUAGAUGGAAAUUCAACUGCACCUCCUACACCAGGUUCUUUAGAUGAUAAAGAUUACAUUGUUACCCCACCUCCAACAUACGAAGAAGCCCUCCAACAAUCUGAUCGUAGAAACACAGGCUCAACAACAACUGUUUGAAGCAAUAUUUGUACAAAUAGUUUGGACUUUGAAAAUCUUUUUGCAGGGUUUUUGAUUGUAGCACUGAGCUCUUUGCUUGUGGGCACUGAAUUGAAAAGUCUGCAAAUGCAAGAUUUUAAAAUAAGAUGCUUUUAACCUCGUUGAAAGGUGCCAGCUGAAUAUUAUAUUUAAGUGCAUUUUACAAGGUGUUAUUUUCACUAAUAUAUUGCUUAGCAGCUAUAUAAAAGUUGUUUAUAUAUUUAUUUAUUUUAUGAUUAUUUUUAAGAUUACUGACAAGGGGCUUUUAUUUUAAAUCUAAGCUGCUCUUCAGCAAAUUAUAUUCUGCAUAGAUGUAGAAUUAUUUGAAAAUCAUUGAGGAAAGUUUCUGCAUCUAGUUUAUUAUUACAGAAACAGCUUCAGAUUUAUUUUUAUUUCAUAGUGGAAGUAUUGAAGUCUGCAUUUUUAGUUUAAAAUCUUUAUGUUAGAUUUGAAACUUCAUAUUUGCAGCCUUAUAAAAGGAUCCACACAUUGGCAAAAUGCUCAAAUUUUCUAGAUUUUAAAAUCAACUGUGCCACAUUCAAGUCAUUUCAAAUUUACAUCAAACAGUGCCUCUUUUAAUGGUUUUCUUAUUCCUUUUAACUUCUAUAUGAAGUUAUAAAAUAGUAUUUACAUAUUUUUUUCUUCAACCAUUGAAUGCAACAUACCUGCCUUUUAUCAUAGUACUGAAAUAGAUUUAGUUAACUCUUUAUCUGGUCUGAUAAUUUGAGUGAAUUCUUUAAAAUCAAAACUACCUGUGCUUAAGCAAUGGAUCAUGUUGUGAAUAGAUUAGCAGAUGGAGUGAAAAAGUGGACUGUUGGCAUAGUGAUGGUAAGUGGCAUCUAGAACAUAACAUAAUUUCAUGCCCCAUCAUCAUCAAUGGUUUACCAAGGCCUGCCUAAGCAAUAAAUUGUGUCUGGCCAUUAUAUUGUUUCUUUUUUUGCCCUCUUAUAUUUGACUUUAGAGAGUGGCAUAAAUACACUAAUGUUUAAUUUCUAUAAUGCCCCUAAGAAAAGUGCCUAGAACAUCUAUAUAUUCCUAUCCCUCCAGUUGCUGUGCCACUGAAAUUGAUAUUGUUAUAAAACUUUGUUGAGUAGCUUUAUAACUAGAUUAAUUUUUAUUAAUCACUAAUUUUAUUUUUCAAUUUUAGUCUUAGGAAAAGAAAAGAAAAAAUCUCAAAUGAAAAUAAAGUUCCACUGUUAUAUAUAUUCUCCACCAAUAGGUGGAAGAGAAGUUAGUUGGCCUUAUGUAUUUUUAAUCAAAAUACAUUUCUUCUCCCUGAAGCAAAUAAGAAAUAAAAAUUUAUUUAAAUGGUGAGAUUAUGCAAUAAAUACUUCUUGAGAUAGUAUACUGUUGAAUAAUUAAAGCUUAUUUCUUCUAUAAAACACUUAAUAAAUGUAAAGUUGUAACUAACUGUGCAUUAUUAUGUAAAUGCAUGGAAUUGUUAUUAAAAGAUAUACUGUAUAAAAAUACAGAAAAUUGUAUUAAGGAAGAUUUAAUUUGACAUCAAUGAAUAUCCUAGAUAUUUUUAUAGGAAUAUUGGUAUAUUUAUUUCACAAAAUGAAUGAAUGUAUAUUGCAGAAGAGAUUUACUUAAAUUAAUUUUUUAGCGCACCAAAUGCGUUCCUAGUCAUGCAUAUAACUAUUUUAUGUUGAAAUUUUAACUUAUAUUUAAUGUGAUAUUUUUUAUGCAUCAUGUUGCUUUAUUUUUUACUAUAUAUUUAAUAAUUUAAAAUAUUUUGAUUUAUAUAUGUGAUGUCAUGUUUGUAUGUUUUUAUAUGAUAUCUUUUACUUAUUUUAAAGUAUUUAAAACUUUUAACUCUUUUUAUACUAUGAUUUUGAUGUUGCAUUUUAUAUUAUCUAAGGUUUCCCCUUCAUAUUCUGCGUACUUCUAUUUUUUUAAUUUGUGUGAUUUAAGAGUUACAGAAAAAAUUAUACUUUCUGAUUUUUAUUAUUCAUUCAAAAAUUAGUAAUCAAACUGCAUAAAUAUAAACAAAGAUAAAAAAAAAUUGGAACAAAUAUUAUUCUGUUUGUAUUAUUGAAAUAUAAUCAAGCUCCUAUCUGUUGCUGUGAAUAUCAACCAGGAUUUCUUAAACUGGAGUUCAUUGUCACAAAUUUCAAGUGGAGUGAAGUAAAAAACAUUGGGAUCAUUCUAUUUGAUUUAAAUUUUUAGUUGACAUUAAGCUUUUGUAUAUUUGUAAGUAAAAAAGUGGAAGAGGUAAUUAUAAUUAUCUAAAAAAUUUCAUGACAGUUUUCCAAAUAUUUAUUAUAAUUAGCAUUGAUGAAUGUACAAUUUUUAUUGUUCAAUUUAUAAUUUUGAAGUUUUGGCAUAGUUUUUUUCAACAAUAAUGAUUCAGGGGAAAAAAGUAUUAAAAAAAAAUAAGCAAAAGUUUUUUGUUUUUUUUUCCCCAACCUUGAUAUGGAUAUAAUUGUGACAUUAAUAUUAGAAGAUUAAAAUUUUAAAAUUAUGUUUUUUGUGGGAGGAAUUUUCAUUUACUCAUAAUAAUUGUAACAUGAUAAUUUAAAAGUCAUUUCAUAUUUCUUCACAUUUUUAUUUAUUUUUGUAAUUUACCAAUUAAUAUUUGAAUGAUCUAAACAGGAAAAAAGGUAAAUUGUGUAGAUAAUUUGAAAUUUUAGUCACAUAAUUUUCAAAAGUUAAUCUAGUCUGAAAAAUUUCAUAUUUUUCUUGUAAUAAUCUGUUGAAAAAACUGACUUGAUUUAUUAGACAUACUCUUCAACACAAAAGCUAGUUUCUGUGAUUAUAAAAAAGUAUUAUCUGUUGUGACAAGAUAACUUUUCUUCUUUUAGUAAAAUGAAGCCAUUAGUUUCUAUUACAGCAAAUGAAAAUUAAGUAUUCUGUACUUAAUGAUUAAAUCUUUGUGUUAUAAGAUCAUGAUCACAUUAACACUGCAUUAUGGACAAAAAAAUUUUGUUAAAAACAAAUGAUUUUUUUUAACCUUUAUUUAAGUUAUAUUUUGAACAUUGAUUAAUCUAAUUUCUUUAUGACUUAAAAAAUUGUUAAGUGUGAAUAAAAGUAUUUUCAUAGAACUUAAUUUUUCAGCUAAUGCUAAUGAUUAUGCUGUUAUAGUGGUUGUUUCUAUUAUUUUUAAAAAAGCAGAGAUAAAUCAUUUGUUGAAGGUAAAUAAGAGCAGCAGAAGAGAGAUAUUAAAAAUUCAGUAAAGGUAUAAAAGUUGACCUGUUAUUUUUGUCAUAAUUCAUCCUUUAUUUUGUUUUUAUUUUUUAAUUGCCCCCCACCCCCACAAUCAUUAAACAUUUUGGCUGACAAGAGCACAUCUGAAUAACCUUUUUCUUUCUCUCUGAAAUUUAUUUUGUAUGUAUUGGGUAAAAAAAUAUUACAUGGGAAAGAAAAAAAAAAUGGUUUAUAAAAAUAGUAGAUAUAGCUCAAAAAGUCUAUGAAGGCCUGUAAUUAAAGUUAUAAAAUGAUACAUUAGUUCCUUCACCUACAAUGAUAUGUUUGACAUAUGCAUUGAAGUACAGAUUUUUUUAAAAAUUUUUAAUUUAAAUCUGCAAUUAAAAGGUGGUAUUAAUUAAAAAUGUCACUUGGAAAUAGUUCAAUAUCUCAAAAUCCUUUAUGCUAUUAUAAGGAUUUUAAAAACAAUAAAUGCCCCUAAUAGAAUGUUACUUAAUUAGGAAGUUAAAUGAAUUCAUAAGUCAAGGGUUAACAUUAACUUCUUUUUAAAAACAUUUUUUUAAACCAAAAAUUGUUUGAAACCACAUGUUAGUGUGCAAGAAAAUCAGAAGUUUGUUCAUUUUCUUUGUAGUAAACUGUUAUUUUUUUUUACUAUCCUCUACUUUACUUGGAGGAAAUUUAGAAAUAUUAAGUAUAGUUCCAUAAGCAGUUUCCUUAUAAAUUAUCCCAGGAAAAAAAAAAUAUUAGUGUCAUUGUUGUAAAACAUCCUAUUGUAUUACAACAUAUUUUAUACUCUAAGCUUCUGUGAUAAGAUUUGAACAUGUUUUCCUUUACGAAUCAUUUGUACUCAUUUUUGUGAUGUUUUUAAUUUGUAGCUUAGAAUUGAACUUUUUAAAAAUUUUAUUUAUGUAUGUCCUUAAAAAAACAAAGUGCAA